UGCUGAUGUUGUGGUCUUAGGGCCAUUGUGACCUCAAGCUGUAACUAAAAUCAGUCCAAUGCAACAGGAGUUUCAAGAACAGCAGCUCAAAAAUGAGGACUUAACUGGAUGGCAAAUUAAGGCACAUAUUUUAAAGAGGCCUCUUUAUUCUUAGAGAAGACAUUUCCAUUCAAGAUGACAAGCGGUGCAAGCUCUUCAGGAUCUUGCUUGCCCUCAAAAAGAAGCUCUAAAAUAGAUGACAACUACUUGAAGGAAUUGAAUGAGGACUUAAAGCUAAGGAAGCAGGAACUGCUGGAGAUGCUAAAACCUUUAGAAGACAAGAACAACCUCUUGUUCCAGAAGUUGAUGUCCAACUUGGAGGAAAAACAAAGAAGUUUGCAGAUCAUGAGGCAGAUCAUGGCAGGGAAGGGGUAUGAUGAAUCCUCAGUUAUGGAGCUAAUUAAAGAAGCAGAGGAGAUGAAACAGAACCUGGAAAGGAAAAACAAGAUGCUUCGGAAGGAAAUGGCGAUGCUAUGGAACAAGACAUUUGAGACAGAAGAACUCCGUGAUCAACAAAAAGCACCACAGAUAAAAACCAAGGAAGACUUUGAGGAUGAAAAGGCUCCCAAAUCCCCCUCGUCACCUAGGAGGACCAAGAAUGAACUGGAGGUAUCAUUUGCAGAGAAAGUGAAGGAGAUAAAGAAGGAAAAGCAACAGAGGAAAAUGGAAUGGGUCAAGUAUCAGGAACAAGCCAACAUCCACCAGAAUGACUUUCAUGGCAAAGUGAUCGAGCUGAGAAUUGAAGCCUUGAAGAACUAUCAGAAGGCCAAUGAUCUGAAAUUAUCACUAUACUUACAGCAAAAUUUUGAGCCAAAGCAAGCAUUUUUAAAUAUUCCAGGAUUCCAAGGUGGAUAUGCAGUGAGAAUUCACGACGAAGGGAUAACAAUGUUAUCAGUAUCAGUAUGUAUAUCUCUAAUUUCCUCCUCUUAUUCCGUGAAGAGAUUGAACAGCUUAUAAGUCACACAUAGGGGUGGGCAUGAUGGCACAUCUCUGCUUGGGAUGCCCACAUGCCAUAUCCAAGUGCCUGGGGUAGGGUCCUGCCUUCACUUCCAAUCCAACUUGAUGCUCAUGUGCACCCUGGGGACCCAGCAGAUGAUGACUCGGUGCUGGGGUCCCCACCACUCAGGUGGAAGACCUUGAUGGACUUCCUGUCUUGGAUUCAGUCUGGCCAAGCCCUGGCUAUUGAGGGCUUCUGGGAGAGUGAACCAAUGGA